CACAUGUCUCAAUAUUUACUUUAAAGCUAGUUUACACACUUUUUAAUGAAUUUGAAUUUCAUACAAAAUUCUCUAACUGUAGGCCAAAACGUGGACCAAGUUUUGUAGAAAUACCAGCUGGUUGUUAUUGGAUGGAGUCAGACAAUCCUAACAAUUAUUACGAUAGUCGAUUAUAUGGCCCGGUUUCCGGAGGAUUGUUGACAGCCCGAGCUACGCAUAUUAUUUGGCCCCCGAAAAGAUGGCGUACCAUUAAAACAGAAGUGUUCGAUCACAAUACUGUUCCCGUUUCAAAACGGAACUUAUUUUUUGGAAUA